AGCGGGGCGCUCAUGGACUACAGAAUCAGACGGCAGAGGAGUGCUGGAACCUGUUCGUGCGCGACAGGGCUGAGAUAUUAAUUAACAAAGGCGUGGAGCUACCUGGCUCCAAUUAACACCAACACUCGGUUUUAAACGAGAGUCGUUUUUUUAUUCUUUUUCUUCCAGUCAAAUACGUACUUUACACUUCGGCCUUUUUACCUGCAAGCGCUCAGCUGAAAAAGUGGAAUGGACGGCAGGGUAUAUCGGAGAUACAAAAUGGCAUACUGGAAUUAUUUCUGCUGGGGAGUUUCUCUGAUGGUAAUGACAAUAUCAGCAGAAGCCUGUGUAUUUAACACUUUAAAAGUCACAGUUCCCGAAGAAUUAAAACCUGGAUAUGUCAUUCAUAAUGUGGAUUUUAAAAGUUGCUUGAAAAAUAGUGACUUUAGUCUACAAUUAAGCGACCCUAACUUUGCAGUUCAACCAAGUGGCCUGCUAUAUGUAAAUACCAUGACUAAUAUACCCUCUGAAGGAAAGAAUUUGACAAUAACAGUUCAAAAUGAAGAAACAAAUAUGAAGAGUGACAUUUAUGUAGUUUUGUUAGCAGAAGACCACAAGGUGCAAAAACGGGCUUUGUUAAAGCGAGUAAAAAGAAAAUGGAGACCAUUGCCUUUCUCCGUUAAAGAGAAUGCAUUACCACCAUUUCCACAGGAAGUCCAACAGAUCCAAUCAGACGCUUCGCAGAGUUAUACCAUUAUUUACAAAAUAUAUGGAAUGGGAGUGGAUAAACCUCCUGUUGACCUGUUCUCUGUGAUACCUGAAACUGGAAUGAUACGUAUUCAUAGAUCUGUUGAUCGUGAAGAAAUUCCACAAUACAGAUUCUGGGGGCAAGCAUUAACGCGAGAUGGUCAAAUUCGGGACAGCGUUCUUGACAUUAUUGUUAAUGUUGAAGAUGACAACGAUAACACUCCAGUGAUUCCAGCAGGACUAGUUAUAUACGUACCAGAACAUUCUCCAUCUGGUACCGUAGUAGGGCAGGUAAAAGGGACUGACAGAGAUGAAGAGAAUACACUCCAUACUAAGCUUAAAUACCGAAUUGUUUCAGAAAAUAACAAACUGUUCUAUAUUCAUCCUGAAACAGGAGUGGUCACCACAAUGUCAAAUGCUCUUGACAGAGAGGUUAACGAUGCCUAUGAAUUGCUGAUUGAAGUAAGAGAUAUGAAUGGUGAGAUUUAUGGAAGAUCAAGUACAGGCAGUGUAACAGUCAAAUUAACUGACAUAAAUGACAAUCCACCAGUAUUUAAAUCUCAAUCUUAUAAGACAAGUAUUGAAGAAAAUAAGAGCAAUAUUCUAAUACUCAGAAUUCCUGUUGAAGACAAGGAUUUGAAAAACACUUCAAACUGGAAAGCUAAAUUUGUAAUAAAAAAAGGAAAUGAAACUGGAAAUUUCUAUAUUAAAACAGAUCCUGUUACAAAUGAAGGGCUGCUAUAUGUUAUUAAGCCACUGGACUAUGAGAAGACCAGCAAAAUAGAUUUGGAAAUCACAGCUGAAAAUGAAGCAAAAUUAGUUGGGACAGGCACCUGGUUUAGUGUUCCAGUGACUGUCAAUGUAAUCGAUGUAGAUGAGGGACCAGAAUUUGAAGUACCUGUUAUGAAGUUCCGUAUUAAGGAAAAUGAGCCAAAUGGAACAUUGAUUGGCACCUACAGAGCUUUUGAUCCAGAAUCAAAGAGUGCCAAUGGAAUGAAAUAUUACAAAAUAUCUGACCCUGCUUCGUGGAUUAAUGUUGAACAGAGCUCAGGCGCUAUCAAGGUUGCUAAUACCAUGGACAGAGAGUCAUCAUUUGUAAUGAAUGAUCAGUAUAACAUUACAGUGAAAGCUGUUGAUCAGAGCUUGAAAUCUGGAACAGGAACGGUUGUUAUUGAGAUUGAAGAUGUCAAUGACAACGUCCCAAGGUUCACUUUAAAAGACUUCUCAAUUUGCCAAGAAGAAGGACAGUUAGGCUAUACGGAUAUUAAUGCACAAGACCUGGAUGCAGUACCUAACUCAGCUCCUUUUGUAUUUGAAAUUCCAGAUAAUAAAGAUGGAAACUGGAAGAUAAUAAACGUAAAAGAAACGUCUGCACAACUUGCACAAGCAAAACCUCUUCCUAAUGGAAUUUACAAUGUCCCUGUAUUAAUUCGAGACCAGCAAGGCAAUGGAAUAACAGACACAGUUACUGUCCGUAUCUGCAAAUGCCUUGACUCAGCAUGUGUUGAACAACAAAAUUCAAUUGGAUUUGGAACAUGGGGUAUUCUUGCCAUGUUACUAGGCCUUGCCCUUUUCCUUUUAUUAUGUAUUUUACUAAACUGCUUGUGUAAUAAAAAAACAGAAAAAGCACCUAUUGACGGUGGUGCUGAGGCAGUCCUACUUAAGUCAAAUACAGAAGGACCAGGUGAAGAAGUAAUGGCUCCAAAUAUGAAAAUACACGGGCUUGUACCUGUUGAAGAUGACAACUUACUGCAAAGUGCUAAUCAUUCUGCCUUAAAGACUUCUAAUUUUGCAAUGAGUGGUGGUGAAAAUCAUUUAAAAAGAGACUCAUUUAUUCGAGGAGAUACAUUGAACCGUGGAGAAAACGGUACUUAUGGAAAUACUAUGCGUCAUUUUAUGAGGGUCGUCAAUAACGGCACCCUCCAGUCAAAUGAUUUUUAUGGAGAAUCUGGAGCACAGCAUUACACAAAUUCAUUGGAGGGUAAUACAUUAUGGUUAACUAACAGAAUAUAUCUUGAUAAGAAAAGAGAGUAUUUUGCUAGAGAAUGUGACAACCGAUUUGCGGAAGACAUUAUUCAUUCUUAUGAAGAUGAAGGCAAUGGUUCAGUGACUUCAGGUAUUGGGUGCUGCAGCCAGCUGAAUGAUGACAGUGGAUUGGAAUUUUUAAAUAAACUGGAACCAAAAUUCAGAACACUAGCAGAAAUCUGCUCUAAAAAAUAACCGUUGCUGCUUUUCCAGAUGAGGUUGUUUGAAGAAUAAUGACUACAAAAUUCAGAUACAUAAAGAACUUUUGAAAUAUGUCAGUUAUUUGUUUUACUACGAAGAUUGAAACUCUUUCAUCAGACGUCUACCAUUUCAGGUGCAAACUGCCAUCGGUUCUACUGAGGACGACGUCAAGCUACUCUAUAGUGCACCAAGUAUUAUCAUAGGUUUAACAGAAUCUGAACAUACUGCAACAGUAUACAGUACAUUUAUAAGUAGUUUUAGUUACAACACCUUUUGCAAUUUUCCACGUCAGUAGUCUUCAAAUUUUAUCAUCUUUUUGGUGUUUCAGUGAAAGCUACAAGUAUCCAAGCAUGCAAAUGAUUUAAACCAAAGUAGUAUUUGGAGACGUGUUCUUGUUUAUGUAAAUAUCUGUUUAGCCAUUCAUUUAUUCAUUUGUUAAAUUAAGAUAAUGCUUAUGUUCCAUGAUCCUGUAUUGGAAUAAGUGGAUACAGAGAUGAACAAAUGAAUGAAUUUCUGAAAAAAUCUAGAGUUAAAAUCUAGUAAAAAAGCAGUAAUUUGAUUACAGUGGAAAUGUUUUAUAUGUAAAAACAGGAAUAAAUACUGUCAAUAUAUACUGCUCCCAUUGGCACUAUUUAGUAUUCUGUAUGUACAGUGCUUAUUUUCAGUAACUUAUGCUUACAGUGCAUAAGAUUUCUAUCCAAUUAUAUGUUAUCAGUUUUGAAAACUGGCUUUAGCACUGAUUUUUAUAGUUUUGAAGUGAAUUUGCUCUAAUCCUGCUACUUUUUGAGGUUAAUUAUAUUGUUUUAUUUUAUUUUUCUUAGUUUUACAAUGUAGGACCUUGUACAGUUUUAUUACUUUGCUUCAGAGUUCACAAUAGUGCUAUACUAGUACUUACACCUCUCCAUUAAUAAAAUGAGACAUCAUAAAUAAACCUAGUUAAAGCACGGUACUAUAAAUAAACAAAUAGAAAGGUUUUACAUUCGAUUUAUUUUAGAUUAGCCAGGUCUUUUUUGUCAAAUAUAGCAAUCAGGCUCAAAAAACAAAGUUUAAGAUACCCAUUUUCAGAUUUUUCUCAUUUUUUAUGCAUAUUGCCUCAAAGAACUCGGAUGAUUAUUUCAUGCCAACAUGAGUACCAUAGGUAAGUAGUUUUUUGGUUUCAGCCUUAUUGCACUAUAAUUAUUUUGUAUCAUAAUUAAAAUAUGAAAGCUUGAGGUGGAGGAAUGGUUUAAGAGUUUUUUUUCAACCUUUAGUUUAUUAUUAGGAUCUGUAGCGUGCUGCAUUCAUUCAAAUAAUGAAAGUGGACUGGACUUUAUAAAAACUACAGAUGUGCCAACAUUAAGAUUUUUUUUGAAAAUUAAUGAACAAAAAUUUAAAUUCAUAAAAAUAAAAAAUUUUAAUUUUUUACUUAGAAUUUCAAUAAAGCCACCUGCAAAUCCAGAUAUAAAUGGUUAUGUACAAUCACAACUGUCGUGGUGUUGUACAUACUUUUUUAAUUUAAUUUAUUUAAUACAUUUUAUUUAUAAAUUGUAGAGUGUUGAAACAAAUAAGACUGGGUUAUUCAAGGUCUGGUAUCUGAUAGUAGUAAAAAAUUUCAAAAAUACAGAUUACAGAGUUACAUGUUUUUCCAUUGUCAAAAUGACAAAAAAGUUUAAAUGUGUGGAUGUUUUUGCCUACUGAAUUAUUACAGCUGUAAUAAACAUAAAAGUCUGAUAUGCAUAUUGUAUAACAGCAAAUCUGAAACACAUUUGCAAUUUUUUUACAUUCAGAUUAAGUUUAUUUUGAUAUUUUGUUUUAGAGAAGAUGAAUGUACGCUUUAUAUUGGAAGCUUAUGUGAUAAGCUAAAGCAAAUGCUGUAAAUGACUUGAUGGUUUUUGUAAAUUAACAUGUAAGAUACAACAGUUGCAUUCUCUUUUUAUGGAAUUUAUGACCUGUUGUAAUUUUUUUGUGAUGAGUCAAGUAGCACUUUUUAUGUACCCUAUAUUUUAUUGCAAUUAAAAUGCUUGCAGCUUAUUUGAAUAGUACCCAGUAAGAGUUUUUAUUUCCAGCAAACUGGUUGCACUAACUGUAUAUCAACUCAAGGAAUUAGUUGGUUGUCUGCUGGCUCUGCUUGGAGCAUAUUACUAUGCUUAGUUUAAAGUUAACCUGCACAAUUGAGAUUAAUAAUGCUUAAAGGGAUAAUCGGUCUUGAAAAAAUUAACAUAAUUGUUAAAAUCAUUUUUAGAGUUUUGUAUAUGUACAAUGAGCAUUAUUAGCCAAAUUCAGUAAACAACUUAGCUGGCACUAGCUAUAUAUUCAUAAGAAAAGAGCACACUCUCCAUCUUGUGGUUAGAUCCAUGUUCAAGGUUCAAGAAUACACAUAAUGCAGAUAAAUCCAUUGCACACAAAAUAGCUAGGAGUAUUAGAUUUUUUGACAUAAACAGUCAUGAUGUUCUGUCAUUAUUGGUAAUAUCAUAACUCUGUUUAUGGCCUUAUUUUGUAUUCUCUCUGUCUGAUCCAUUGCCUUCACACUCCUAAACUAGCACAGCAAACAUGUAAAAAUAACUGGCUUGUUUGUUAUAAAGAUACUAAGAAAUUGUUUUGAGUUUGUCAUUCAUAGUAAAAUUCUGAUAAUAUUCAUAAUUUGAAAGCAAAUAAAAUAAAGGCAAUAUACUAUGAAAACUUUGUAAACCUUGAAAAUGAGUUUGAGUGCCUUAAUCAUGUUGUACAUCUGCAAUGUAAAUAGUUUGUUCCAUAUCUAGUAACAUAAUACAGCAUUUUAUAACCAAACUUUAAUAGUCACUGAACAGCUGUUAGAGCACAAAUUCUUUAGAUGUUGUCUGUUUUAUGUUAUUAGGAUGUGCAGCAUAUUGUUUCUUUUGUAUCUUUUUUGUGCGUUUUUUCUAAUACUGCAAUAAAAGUUUUAAAUUCAU